AUGCCGUGGACAGUCACCAAUUCAUUCAAGCGCGGCCUCAUGAAAACCUACGGAAGACCGACAUGGCGCGUCUAUGACGACGAACGGUAUGCGAUCCGAGAAUCAUCAGCGGCCGUCUUGUCCAGCCCGUCGCGCCGGAACUCCAUCAUCGGCUCCGAAGGUACGCUCGAUGAUAUAGACGAUCUCACGACGCCGCCAUCGUCGCCGCCGCCGCGACUGACCCCGCCACCCGCGAAUACGCGCAAACCGACUUUCGCCUUUCUGAAACGGAAGCUCAAGGAGAACACGGGCGGCUCGCCGCUGACCGAGGUCAACUCCAAUAGUGUACGCUCCACGGCCGAUCCACCCAAGCAGCAGCAACGCCAGAACAGCACGCAUCAGCCGUCAUUACCCACAUCACAGAAGACCACCCCCAAGCCACCGGCACUGCGUCAAAUGCAGAUCGACCUAGGAGCGGAGGUACGAAAAACAUGUGCGACAUGCGGAAUGGAAUAUAUCCCGUCGAAUUCAGAAGAUGCGGCGCUUCACAAGAAAUUUCACGAAAUGAACUCGACGGGCGUGGACCUGGGCAAGGCAUUUAUGCGCGCCAAUGCAUCGCGUUGGGUCUACGAGGCGACGCGGUUCGAUGAAGGAUACGUGGUGAUUGUGGAUCGCAAGGCCACACCAAGCGCCAAGAACCAAGCGAAGAAGGUUCUCGAGGUUGUCAACAAGGAGCUCUCUUCCCCUGACAUCGAAGAUGAGGUGCUCUGGAGUCAAGCCGAGCCUCCCAAGCAUUUACACAACGAGAGCUCCGAGGAGAAAGUGGAUCGAUACCGGGUGUUCCUUCAUAUGAAAGACAGCCGGUGUGUGGGCCUAUGUCUCACUGAGCGAAUUUGGGAGGCGCGCCCGGUGGUGCGCAAUGACUCGGAGAGAGGCACGGAUGGAUCCUCGGUAUCGGUGAAAGAUGAAUUGCACCCGGCGAUCGUGGGAGUCUCGCGGAUUUGGACAUCGGGGGCAUCCCGAAGGAAGGGAAUCGCGUUGGAUUUGCUGGACUGCGUGGUCAGCAACUUCAUUUACGGCAUGGAGAUCCCCAAAGACAACAUCGCCUUCAGCCAACCCACGGAAAGUGGGAAGCGACUCGCUCAAAGAUUCUUCGAAGAGAGUGCGACGUGGCAUGUGUAUAACGAACGGUGA